UCACUUCCGGGGUCAACAAAUCUUCUACAGGAAGGUUAUCUAACUAACUUGUACAAUGAAGAAGAUCAUAUAAAACAAAUUCUCAUCACAUUGGUUUCCUCUAUAAAGUUAAGGUGAAGUGACAUCCUAUCGCACCAGAGCGCAAUGAGCGUCCCAUGUAUACUGUCCACCGCUGCUCGAAGCGUCACAUUGCAGGGGGCGUCCGGUGUUCUGCUACGCCGGUUCCGUGUAUUGUGCCCUUGUUCGAUCACAAGGCAUUUUUGUUGUCUUUUCAGGAAAAUGUCAUCCAGAAGACAAAUGGACCAUCUAGAGAGGACAGCCAGCAACUACAGACAAGAUGGUGUAUAUCCGGCACGGGUAUGUGGCAUCAUGGACGAGUCUGAGACAGUGAAACGCCUCCGGCUAGCUGUCCAUCCAGACUUCACUUUCAGAGCUGGCCAGUGGGUGGACUUCUUUAUCCCUGGUAUGGAGAAGGUAGGAGGAUUCUCUGUGUGUUCCAGUCCAGGUCUGCUGCAGAGAGAGGGUGUCAUCGAGCUAGCUGUCAAAUACACACAACAUCCCCCUGCACACUGGAUACACACCAAGUGCACCGUGGACUCCCAUGUAGCGAUGCGUGUGGGCGGAAACUUCUUCUUUGACCCCCUGCCCUCUGACCCCGCUGUCGACCUGUUGUUGGUGGCUGGGGGCGUGGGCAUUAACCCUCUAUACUCCAUCCUGCUCCACGCCACUGACCUGCUACGACAGUACCCCGCUAAUGCAGGGAGGGGCUACCACGUAGGCUCUACCCACCUCUGCUACAGUGCCAAGAACACACAGGAGCUGCUCUUCAAGAAAACCAUCAUAGACGUGUGUAAGGAAUUCCCAGAGAAAUUCUCCUGUGACUUCCACGUCACUGCACAGACCGCAGACAUCGACCAAGAACUCCAACCGUACAUGAACCGUGGAAGGCUAUCAGAGGGGGGGUUGCGUCGUCACGUCGACCCUAACACCACUCUGUGUUACCUAUGUGGCCCUCCACCCAUGAUAGAGAGCAUGGUCCAGACCCUGCUCAGCCUAGGCCUAUCCCGGAACAGGAUACUGUUUGAGAAGUGGUGGUAGUGUGUACUAGAAACAGACCUCUUCAUCAUCACUCACCCCGGCCUAACUAUCCACUGCUGCAUCACUGGCUAGUGGAUAUGGUAUAUCAAUGGUGCUAGGACCCCCACCACAAUAUGAGGACCCACCCUGCUCUCUCCUCCAGUGCCUUGGAGAUCAGACCAAGCACCUGCCAACAUUACCAUGGCAACAUUUCUUGGGCCAUUGGACCAUAUUUGUCCGCAGCUGCACACAUCAUUUUAUUUAUUUUACCUCACCUGAACAUGUCUCUACUAGGGCUGUGGAGGUCAGCCGGUGAUUGUCAAGCAAAUAACUGCCCGUCUCACGAUAAUUUACCGUUAAUUAACAUAAACAUAUUUAGC